UAAGUGGAGCAGCACCCCAAAGCUUGAAUAUGCUCAGACAUGAAGCUAAGCAUUCCUCGCGCAUGUGGGUCCUGGUGUAAAUCUCCUCCUGUCUCCACCACUCUCCACAAGCCCAUCUCCUUCUAUUCUUCCAUACCAUCGUCCUCCCCUCUCAAACCCCAAGUCCCACUCUUCCUCAGGCCACCUAUCCACUCUGCAACCCUCUCAGACCUCCAAAAAUGGCACCACUGGGCCAAAACCCUCCCAGUUCCACACUCAGACGACCCCCCAGACCCCACCCUCCUCCGCAGAGAGCUGAAAUGGCUCCUAGAGGACGCUCUUGAAGUCCACUCAUCAGUUCCCCAGAUGGGUAGUCACAGUGAUGACAGACCCGUAAAAUUGAGGACCAGUUUGGAGCAGUUGUACUCUGUCUGGAGGCAGAGGAUUGAGGAGAGGAGGCCUUUUCAGUAUGUAGUUGGGUGUGAGCAUUGGAGGGAUUUAGUGUUGAGUGUUCAAGAUGGGGUUUUGAUUCCCAGGCCUGAAACGGAGGUUUUUGUGGAUUUGGUGGGGGAUGUGGUGACUCAGAAUGGAGAUUUGACGCAGGGUUUGUGGGCUGAUUUGGGGACUGGAAGUGGGGCUAUUGCCAUCGGAAUUGGGAGGAUUUUGGGGCCUCGUGGGAGGGUCAUUGCCACGGAUUUGAGCCCUGUUGCCGUUUCUGUUGCUUCCUUUAAUGUGCAGAGGUACAGCUUGCAGGAUAUAAUUGAGAUACGGCAAGGAUCUUGGUUUGAACCUCUGAAGGAUGUUGAAGGAAAACUUUCAGGUCUUGUGAGCAAUCCACCAUAUAUUCCAAGUGAUCAUAUUUCUGGUCUACAACCUGAAGUUGGGUGGCAUGAACCAAGACUUGCAUUAGAUGGUGGUGUGGAUGGCAUAGAUGCUCUUCUCCAUGUCUGCAAUGGGGCUGCUUCAAUGUUGAAACCUGGUGGAUUUUUUAUUUUUGAGACAAAUGGGGAGAAACAAUGCAAGUUUCUUGUAGACUACAUGGAAAAUGAAUCCAAAGGCAACUUCUAUGAUGUUAAAAUAGUACCAGAUUUUGCUGGUAUCCAAAGAUUUGUGACUGGCUUCCAUCACUAAACGAUAUAAGCUGUGGAUCACUCCAUACACUUGAAAAUGGUAGUCAUGGGAGCAAGUUGAGGGGAAAAAAUAGGUGACGAUGUCGACCAAGUUGAACAAGCCCGAUGAUUUUUUAUUAAAUGUUCAUUGUUCUUAGAUGCACUCAGCUAUAGCGAGCUUUUGGAAAGAUCACAAUUUUUCUAUGGUCAUAUAUCUCUUUGAAAUGGAAUGUUCGAUGUGGGCAUUUGUUCUUUAAAUUUUCAUGAAUGUGAUUAUAAGUUUAGAAUCACAAUGACUAUGUUUAGGAUCAUAAUGACUAUAAUAAAUACUUUUACUACGAUGAUCGCGGAAGUUAUAUACAAUAUGUAUAGAAAGUGGAUCACCUCAAGGAAAACAAUUUUCC